CUGAGAGGCUUUGUUAAUAUUCUGUCCUAAAAUACAGUUUGAUGUGCCCCUUUUUUUCUUUUUUUUGAGCACCUGCACAAACAUACUGUAAAAGGACCAACCUGUUGAAAUGGUUGCAUAGGAAAGUGAACAAGAACAGCAUUUCUAUCUGUGGCACCUCGUGGCUCUAUAAUUGCCAUUUUGAGAAGGAAAAUAAAUGACGUUAAAUAAAACUUAAAACUGCAUAAAUUGAUGUGUGCAUGAAGCAAUUAUAAGGAGAGGAUUUUUGUUAAAACUUGGCUCCGUCGGGGAAAGCAUUAAAACAUAAGUAUAAAUUAAAAUGUAAUAAUCUAGACUUUGGAAUUGUAUUUUAUACUUAAAUUUUACCUGGGUCAAAAAUAUGCGUCCUCUCUGGUUUGUAUCCAUAUGCCUCGUUACUUGUAGGUGAUUCUUGUACGUAAUACUAACUACAGCAAACCCGGGAGAGUGGUCAAGUCUUUCCGGAAGUCAGCUGGGUUCCUUUCCUUAUCGCUGAUUGGUCAGUGAGGAGGAAGGAACCGGAUGUAACAAUGUUAGCUUGACUGGCAAAAUCCCUACAGGAAAACGUGUUAAAAUGUGUGUAAAACAAGUGCUUACGUGACACCCUUGGUACAUGGUUGUUUCUGAACGAUUUUAUUAUGCCUAGUUUGCUGUACAGAAUUAAAUUAGCAAUUAGCAAGGUGAAUGGACUUUCAGCUAAAGCAGCGAACCGCAGAGGUUAAAUAAGCGACGUCCAUCCUUGGACUUUGUGAGACUGUGGACACCUCGUUGUGCAGCUGAGGACCGAGAGCUUUGGGAUAAUUACAGAGUGGACCCAGAACUACUAGCCAAGGAAACAGAAAAACAAAAGAUACAGGUUAUAUGACUGUAACCUAUUCGAACAUGUAAGGCUUCUAACCAGAAUGUUUGAAAGAAGAAUGGGAUAAGGAUGUCUGAAAUGAUGAAGCUGGAAUCAGAUGAACCUGGAGGGCUCAGCUUGGAUCCCCACAUAGCAUCCACAUCAGAAUUGGAGGAGGAAUCACAAGACAGCAAAGAUAAGAUCCAUCAGAUGUUGGUGAUUAAAGAGGUUCCUCUUGACUGGAACGCCAGUUUGAAGCAGCAGGAUCCAGAGUCGCCUUCUGUAAAGGAUGAAGAGGAGGAACUUUCGAUCCGUCAGGAGGAAGAGCUGCUUACCGUAAAGGUCGAAGAUGAAGAGGAAACUCCGUUAUCAGAACUUCACCAAAUAAAAACUGAAGAUAGCAGACAGACUGAAGCUCCAGCCAGCAGCUCAGCUGAACAGAUGGGACAGACACAGCAUGAUGAAGAGGACUUCGGAGGACGGGAACCAAACAAAGAUCCUGAAGCUCUUUGUUGCUCUUCCCAACAAAGUAAAGUGACACCUCAGCUUUGUUCAAAGCUUACCGCUCAGAUUGGGGAAAAGCCAUUUAGUUGCAGUCUUUGUGGCAAAGGUUUUAAACGCAAAACAUCAGCUAAAUUACAUAUAAUGACUCGCAUUGGAAUAAGAGAACAUAGCUGCUAUCUUUGUGGUAAAAAAUUUAAAGAAAAGGUUUCUCUUCAGACUCAUAUGAGUGUCCACAGUGGAGACAGACAUUUUGUCUGCGACGUUUGUUGUAAAAGGUUUCAUACAAAGAAACAUCUUAAAGCCCAUGUGAAGCUUCAUACAGAAGAAAAACAUUUUACCUGUGAUUUUUGCAACAAUAGAUUUAAGGUUAAGGAGAGUCUUAAAAAACACAUGAGGAGCCACACCUCAGAGAAACCAUUUGUUUGCAGUAUUUGUAGUAAAAGAUUUUCUCAACAGGACCAUUUAAAGAGACACAUGGAUGUUCACACAGGAGAAAAACCAUUUAUCUGUAGUGUUUGCAGUAAAGGAUUUACACAACAAGUCAAUCUGAAAAGUCACAUGUGUGUUCAUGCAACAGAGAAACCGUAUAUUUGUACAGUUUGUAGUAAAGGGUUCUCACAAAAAGAGAGUCUAAAGAGCCACAUGCAUGUCCAUACAGGACAGAAACCGUUUAUUUGUAGUGCUUGUGGUAAAGGAUUUUUACGGCAAAGAAAUCUAAAGAGUCACAUGAAUGUUCACACUGGAGAGAAACCGUUUGUUUGUGGUGUUUGUAAUAAGGGAUUUGCUAUUCAAAAGAAUGUAGAAAGACACAUGCGUGUUCACACAGGUGAGAAACCAUUUGUUUGCAAUGUUUGCAGUAAAGAAUUUUCACUACAAGGGAAUCUAAAGAGACACAUGCAAGUCCACACAGGAGACAGACCAUUUAUUUGUUGUGUUUGCAGUAAAGGAUUUCCACAAAAAGACACUUUAAAGAGUCACAUGCGUGUUCACACUGGAGAGAAACCGUUUAUUUGUGGUGUUUGUGGUAAAGGAUUUUCAUUACGAAAGAAUUUACUGAGACACAUGUCUGUUCACACGGAUGAAAAACCAUUUGUUUGUAAUGUUUGUAAUGAAGGGUUUUCUCUGAAAAUUAAUCUAAAAAGUCACAUGCAUGUUCAUGCAUAACUGCUUAUUUUAAGAGUUCAAACACUAAAUACACCUUAAUAUGCAUUAAUGCACUCAUUGGAAAUCAUUUUAGCAAUACCACUGAAGCUAGCUUUGCCAGUCUUCCUUAAUUCUGCUUGUGAGUGUACAGCCAAUCAGCAACAAGGAAAACGAAUGCAGAACAACUGACUUAUUGUUUGGUUAGGUGACUACUAUACAAACCAUCAAGUCUAUUAAUAGUCUAUAUUAGCCACUAAGUACGUUCCCAACUUUCCAUCCAUCCAUCCAUCCAUCCAUUUUCUUCCGCUUAUCCGGGGUCGGGUCGCGGGGGCAGCGACCCC